GGCGAAGCUCCCAGUGCGGCGGCAACGUUCCAGUUGUGGCAGAGCUAAUGAAAUAUCUUGUGCAUAAAAAUAUACAAUUGACGAAAAGAAAAUGCUCGCCCGCUGUGCCCUGAGAGCACUUCUGCAGGCCUGGCGACCGAGAGCCGUGGCCUCCAGUGGCGGACAAGGCGUCGUUGCCUUCCACGUGAGCAGCCUGCAGUUGGCACCCAGCAAACGGACCAAACUUGAGCUCAAGCGCCGCCUAAAGGCCGAGCAAAAAGCUAAGGAAAAGGCCGAAAAGGAGGCCACUCGGGCUGCAGCUCCAGCUGCAGAUGGUGCACAAAAGAAGAAGAGCAGCGCCGCCGAGGAGGAGGAGAUCUCCCCAAAUGAGUACUUCAAGCUUCGCUCUGCCGCCGUACAGGAGCUAAAGCGUUCACCGAGCACCCAUCCGUAUCCACACAAGUUCCAUGUGAGCACAUCCCUGGAGGAUUUCAUAACCAAGUACGAGACCAAGCUGAAAGACGGCGAGACGCUGGAGGAUGUCACUCUCAGCGUGGCUGGACGUGUCCAUGCCAUUCGUGAGUCUGGAGCCAAGCUGAUAUUCUACGAUCUGCGUGGAGAGGGUGUUAAGGUUCAGGUGAUGGCCAGCGCCAAGUCCUACAAGUCGGAGGCCGAGUUUGAGAGCGACACGGCCAAGCUGCGUCGCGGCGAUAUCAUCGGUGUGAUAGGUCAUCCCGGCAAGACCAAGAAGGGUGAACUGUCGGUGAUGCCCACGGAGAUCCAAUUGCUUUCACCCUGCCUGCACAUGCUGCCGCAUCUGCAUUUUGGGCUUAAGGACAAGGAGACGCGCUACCGCCAGCGGUAUCUGGAUCUCAUUCUCAACAACAAAGUCCGCGAGAACUUCCAGAUUCGCGCCAAGAUCAUUUCGUAUGUGCGCCAGUUCCUGGACCGUCUGGGCUUCCUGGAGAUCGAGACGCCGAUGAUGAACAUGAUCGCCGGUGGAGCCACAGCCAAGCCCUUUGUAACGCAUCACAACGAACUGAAGAUGGACCUGUUUAUGCGCAUUGCCCCCGAGCUGUACCACAAGAUGCUGGUGGUGGGUGGCCUGGAUCGUGUCUAUGAAAUUGGCCGCCAGUUCCGUAACGAAGGCAUUGACCUCACCCACAAUCCGGAGUUCACCACAUGCGAAUUCUACAUGGCCUAUGCUGAUUAUGCCGACAUUAUGGACAUCACCGAACAGCUAGUCUCGGGCAUGGUUAAGGCCAUUCGUGGCUCCUACAAGAUCACCUACCAUCCCGAGGGUCCCGAAGGACCCGAACAGGAGCUAGACUUUACGCCGCCCUUCAAGCGCGUUUCCAUGAUCAAAACGCUGGAGGAGAAGCUGCAGGUUAAGUUCCCAUCGGCGGAUACUUUUAAUACGACAGAAACCAAUCAGUUUUUGUCGCAGCUCUGCGCCAAGCAUCAGGUCGAGUGCCCAGCUCCGCGCACCACUGCCCGCCUGCUGGACAAGCUGGUGGGGGAAUUCAUCGAGGAGUAUUGCGUGAAUCCCACUUUUAUUUGCGAGCAUCCGCAGAUUAUGUCGCCGCUGGCCAAAUAUCAUCGCAGCUCGCCGGGAUUGACGGAACGUUUCGAGCUGUUUGUGGCCAAAAAGGAGAUCUGCAAUGCCUACACCGAGCUGAACGAUCCGGUGGUGCAGCGGGAGCGCUUCGAGCAGCAGGCCAAUGACAAGGCCGCCGGGGAUGAUGAGGCCCAGCUGGUGGAUGAGAACUUUUGCACUGCCCUGGAGUAUGGUUUGCCGCCCACCGGUGGCUUUGGCAUGGGCAUUGAUCGUCUGGCCAUGUUCUUGACCGACUCCAACAACAUUAAGGAGGUUCUUUUGUUCCCCGCCAUGAAGCCAGAGGAGGCCAAUCGCACGCCAGCGGCAGGUGAGACUGCCCCAGGCAGCCAUCAGCAGCAGCAGUAGGGUGUCUCUCCUUCCCAACGCCAUCGUUCAUCACUCAACCUCAAAUCCCUAUCCUUGUACUUGGCGCUGCUACUUUUUAACUUAUUCAAUGGUUAAUGAAUAAAAAGAAAACAUUAUUUUUUUCCCAAUUUA